AUGUCUAGUACGGAGAAUGACAUUCCCAUGGUGAACUGGGAAGAUACAGACUCCACUGCUACCAAGAAUGACAUCUCUAUGGGGCCGCGGGACGAUACAGAAUCAAAUACCGAUAGAAGCUUUCCAGAAAAUGUGGAACUUUCAACUACAUGUGCAGAGCUGCUCCGCAAAACAAGCCCUGACGCCAUCAACUUUGGACCCCUAACCUGCGGACUCGGAGCUUUGUCGACUAAGACCAAGUUAGCAUUUCGCUUAGAGCAAAGGUACUCCUGGGACAUAGAAACGCCAGGUGUGGCGUUCGAUGUCUGGCGGCCGGCUUUUAUAUGGGGUGUCGACCUGGAACAACUUAGCACUAAUCCUGGGAAGUUCUAUCACAAGGAUCUGAUCCUGGCCAAGCCAAGAGACUCUUGGCAAGCCGCGAAGGAUGGUGAGAGUCCCUAUCAAUAUCAGUUCGAAAGAUCCAAUGUUCUCGCAGCUGUCCACGUUGAAGAGCCGCCCUACCUUGCCUGCCGCUGUUGCUUUCAGCACCGAGGAAAUAUACAUUUCGCUAACGGCGAAUGCUGGGAACACAGAGAAGAAGAUUGCGAUCUUCAUCUAUUCAGUCCUCAAGGCCAAGAGAACCCAGAUGGCCCCUUGGCAUUAAGGACAAUAGUGUGGCACAGAUCUAGAUAUGGGGAGGAGAAGAGAAUCCUCGGGGAUCAGCCUAUCUUGAUGGGGAUGAACACGCGUAUUUGUCGGAUUGGGAACACAGAUUCUGACAGAGCUCUUGCAAUUAUGAACCGCGAUGGAAUUAUUUUCUUGGAUGGAUUUGAGAAGGUUGAUGGAGUUGAUGGGCUGGAAACCAAUGAUCUGCGCCUGUUGGUUAUCAUGACUGGCCUGGCUGCUGCAAACUGGGAUACCAGAUUCAAAGUUUAA